AUGGGCGGCUGCUUCUCCAAGCCCAAGCCAGUGGAGCUCAAGAUCGAGGUGGUGCUGCCUGAGAAGGAGCGGGGCAAGGAGGAGCUGUCAGCCGGCGGGAAGGGCAGCCCCCGGGCCUACCAGGGCAACGGCACCGCCCGCCACUUCCACACGGAGGAGCGCCUGCCCGCCCCGCACCCCUAUCCCGGGGCUCAGGACUGCGUGGAGGCCGCCGUCUGUCACGUCAAGGACCUGGAGAAUGGCCAGAUGCGGGAAGUGGAGCUGGGCUGGGGGAAGGUGCUGCUGGUGAAGGACAACGGGGAGUUCCACGCCCUGGGCCACAAGUGUCCGCACUACGGCGCCCCCCUGGUGAAAGGCGUGCUGUCCCGGGGCCGGGUGCGCUGCCCCUGGCAUGGCGCCUGCUUCAACAUCAGCACCGGGGACCUGGAGGACUUCCCCGGCCUGGACAGUCUGCACAAGUUCCAGGUGAAGAUUGAGAAGGAGAAGGUGUAUGUCCGGGCCAGCAAGCAGGCCUUGCAGCUGCAGCGAAGGACCAAGAUGAUGGCCAAGUGCAUCUCUCCCAGCGCUGGCCACAGCGGCAGCACCAACGUGCUCAUCGUGGGCGCAGGUGCUGCGGGCUUGGUGUGUGCGGAGACCCUGCGGCAGGAGGGCUUCUCGGACAGGAUCGUCCUGUGCACGCUGGACAGGCACCUCCCCUAUGACCGGCCCAAGCUCAGCAAGUCCCUGGACGCCCAGCCGGAGCAGCUGGCCCUGAGGCCCAAGGAGUUCUUCCGAGCCUAUGGCAUCGAGGUGCUCACGGAGGCGCAGGUGGUCACGGUGGACGUGAGAAACAAGAAGGUCGUGUUCAAGGACGGCUUCAAGCUGGAGUACAGCAAGCUUCUGCUGGCUCCCGGGAGCAGCCCCAAGACCCUGAGCUGCAAAGGCAAAGAGGUGGAGAACGUGUUCACCAUCCGGACGCCGGAGGACGCCAACCGCGUGGUGAGGCUGGCCCGGGGCCGCAACACCGUGGUCGUGGGCGCCGGCUUCCUAGGGAUGGAGGUGGCCGCCUACCUGACGGAGAAGGCCCACUCGGUGUCCGUGGUGGAGCUGGAGGAGACGCCCUUCAGGAGGUUCCUGGGGGAGCGCGUGGGCCGUGCCCUCAUGAAGAUGUUUGAGAACAACCGGGUCAAGUUCUACAUGCAGACGGAGGUGUCGGAGCUGCGGGCCCAGGAGGGAAAGCUGAAGGAGGUCGUGCUGAAGAGCAGCAAGGUGGUGCGGGCGGACGUCUGUGUGGUGGGCAUCGGUGCGGUGCCCUCCACGGGCUUCCUGAGGCAGAGCGGCAUCGGGCUGGAUUCCAGAGGCUUCAUCCCUGUCAACAAGAUGAUGCAGACCAAUGUCCCCGGCGUGUUUGCGGCCGGAGACGCUGUCACCUUCCCCCUGGCCUGGAGGAACAAUCGGAAAGUGAACAUCCCACACUGGCAGAUGGCUCAUGCCCAGGGACGCGUGGCGGCCCAGAACAUGCUGGCGCAGGAGGCGGAGAUCUGCACGGUGCCCUACCUGUGGACAGCCAUGUUCGGCAAGAGCCUGCGCUACGCGGGGUACGGAGAAGGCUUCGACGACGUCAUCAUCCAGGGGGAUCUGGAGGAGCUGAAGUUCGUGGCUUUUUAUACCAAAGGCGACGAGGUGAUCGCCGUGGCCAGCAUGAACUACGACCCUAUUGUGUCCAAGGUGGCUGAGGUGCUGGCCUCGGGCCGUGCCAUCCGGAAGCGGGAAGUGGAGACCGGCGACAUGUCCUGGCUCACAGGGAAAGGAUCCUGA